CACCAAUUUAGGAAUCUCCGAACAGAAAUUGUUUUGGCAACAACCUACUGGUAGCUUUCAGUUUGGUCAACUUCAGUCCCUUCCGCCUCUCGGUGGAGCUAAUUGGUGGCACCGGGGAACAGGGCCCCUCUCAGACCCUGCUAAAACACAACUUAAGGGCACUUCACAGACGUCAGAAAUGUUGCCUCGACCGUUGACAGUUUUUCCCCAUGCUCAGAUGCAAGGGGCAUUUACUUUAAGUAGUAGACCCGUCAUGGAGUUUUCUAGCAGUGAGUUACUUCGAUGCCUUGCUGCUGCGAAAGAACAGCAAGAGUUAGUCGCUCCAGACUCCCCGGCUGAAGGCUAUGACUUUACACCUUAUGUUGUUGAUGAGCCAGGAGAGGAGUCUUACUCACUUGGCACAACCAUGCCUACGUCGUUUGUAGCAGAAGAAUAUGACCGUAAUGACGACGAUGAUGAUGAGUAUGUUGAAGAUCUUGAUGAAUCCGAAGAUUCUGACGAUGAAACCUCAUGUUACUAUGCCACCGACGAUGAAGAGGAUGAAUUAGAUAAGUCUCCCGCGAGAAUGCCAGUUAUGCAACCAUCUCAAGUGCAGGUACAGUUUCAAUCUAGUAAAGGAAAUGUGGUAACAACCCCAGUGAAACCAAUUCCGAUUCAUUCCACCCCACCAGAGAGCGUUGGACCCGCCACUCUUCCUUCUCACAUGACUGGGAGACGUUUCUUGACAGCUAAAAGUCCACUAAAAGCAACGAAAAAGCAAGAUGAAGACUGUUUUCUCGUUUAUGAGGUUCGUGCCCCAAUGAGUGAUCGUGAUAAAGCAUGUCGCCUUUGUCUACCGUUAAAUUUCUUUAAUUACACUAAACAUGCAUCAUGCAGUGGAUGCUAUGGUUGUGGAAAAUCAAAAGAGCCUAUGAUAUCAAAGAGAGAGAAUGAAGCAAAGAACACUAUGCCUAAAUUUCAAGACAGUGAUUCAAGGCCAGACCAAUGCUUACCCACCUCACAUGUGUUUGGAGAGUCCUCUUCGAUUGGUCAACUGACAUUUUCAUCCCUGAAGCCUAGAGAAGGUGAUGCAUUUUUCUUGACUCAGAAAAAAGAAAGCUUUAAACCAUUUCAAGGAGCUGGUAAACAGUUAUUUGCUGAGACAAGUGAAGACGUCGAAGGUCAAGACGACGAUAAACUUCACUUCGAGCCAAUCAUUGCUCUUCCAGAUGAAAUUCAAAUUGUGACAGGUGAAGAAGGUUUAGAUGUGCUGUUCUGCGAGCGAGCCAAGCUGUACCGUUUUGACAGUGAUUCUAGUCAAUGGAAAGAACGAGGGGUCGGAGAAAUGAAGCUCUUACGGCAUCCAAAGUCUUGUCAAGGAAGAGUGCUCAUGAGACGGGAGCAGAUAAAAAAGUUGUGUGCCAAUCAUUACAUCAGUGCUGGGAUGGAGCUGAAACCCAAUGUUGGAUCAGAUCGUUCUUGGGUGUGGUACACUCCAGCCGAUUAUGCCGAGGGUGAGGCGAAACCAGAGAGGCUCGCGAUCAAGUUUAAGUCUGCAGAAAUUGCUGGAAAGUUUAAGGAGGUAUUUGAUGACCUCAGAGAGACAUUACCCUCAGAAACUAGCACUGAAAAGGAAGUAACUGGUGAUGAACAAGAGACUGGCUGUGCUCUUUUUAAGCAAUUCAUGUCGAGAUUUGCUCCUGCGCCAGGUUCGUGGACGUGUGAAGUGUGCGACGUUGACAACGAUGCCGAACAUUUGCAAUGUAAUGCAUGUAACUCUGUUAAGACUGCAAGAGAACCUCAGAGAACUGUUUCCAUAGGAAUGGAAGAAAAUUUGAAACCCUCAGGACCAAUGUCGAAUGCUGCAGUCCCUCAAUCAGAACCAGCAAACACCGCUCAAGACGUCAAAAAGGAGUCUUGUCAAGUUGGCUCGGCACUGGCUAGCUCGAAACUUUUUACCAUCGGACGGGGAGAUCCAAAUGAAGAAAAAGAAGAUAAAAUUGACCUGUCUCCAAGCAAGACAUCUUCUCCCAGUCAGCAAGGAAUUAUCUUGCCGCAAAAGCCCUCAACGUCUCCCGGACAGAGUUACUUAUUCAGUAGUCUUCCGUUUGGCUCAACAACACCUGUGAAGUUCACUUUCAGUUUGACAGUUUCACCUGGGUCUCCAUCUCGUAAACCUAAAUCACCAUCAUCGUCUCCGACACCGUCAUAUCCUGAGAGUCCUAGCCGUGGAGAAGAUGAUGGCCCGUACUUUGAGCCACUGAUACCACUUCCUGAUAAGGUGGAAUGCCGAACAGGAGAAGAAGGCCAAGAGGUACUUUUUUGUGAACGUUGCAAAUUGUUUAGGUAUGACGGAGGUGCAUCGCAGUGGAAAGAAAGAGGUGUUGGUGAGAUCAAGAUACUUCGUGACUCAAACUCUAAUAAAAACAGGAUUUUAAUGAGGCGUGAACAUGUCUUGAAACUCUGUGCUAAUCACAUGAUUUCUACGGAUAUGGUGCUGAAGCCUUUCCCAAACUCUGAUAAGGCAUGGCUGUGGACAACACUUGCGGAUUUCUCAGAAGAAGAAGCCAAAGCAGAGACUUUAGCUGCGAGGUUUAGAACUAGUCAGGUUGCUGCUAAAUUCAAAGAAACUUUCGACAUUGGUACACAGGCGGCUGUAUCAAAACCAGAGAAGGGUCCAUCCUUAUCAAAACCAGAGAGCAAGCCUCCGGACUUAAGAACAUCGGAAA